CAACCUAAUUCGACGUGACAUAACCUAACUUUACCUGAUCACUAUUCGUAACGCUGCUUGCGUGUUAUCUUUCUUUCGACAUUUUGUGUCACGUACGAUUCAGCUACAGUAACGAGCAGACAGCCCAUUAAAAAUGCCACGUGAAAUCAAGGAAAUCAAGGACUUUCUCUUGAAAGCAAGAAGAAAGGAUGCGAAAUCCGUGAAAAUAAAGAAAAACGCCGACAAUGUAAAAUUCAAAGUUCGCUGUUCCCGGUUUUUGUAUACCCUCGUUAUUACUGACAAAGAAAAGGCAGAGAAGCUAAAGCAGUCUCUACCUCCAGGUUUACAAGUUAAGGAAGUAAAGAGGAGUGAACGUGUGUAAGACAAAUAAAAGCCUUUUUUAAAGGAGUGUUUCAUUAUUUAUGUUAUAAGAACUUAAUGUAGUCAUUGGAAUAUUAGAAUAGAAAUAAUUAACAAAUUGA